CUGCGGAAGAGUCUCCAGACGGCAGUCACGAUGCCUCGCCCCCGGCGGGUCAGUCAGCUUCUGGAUCUCAGAGAACCCUGCAUUUGUUUGGAAUCAGUUUGGCGACCCAAAUGGGACAAAGUUUCCUAAGAAGCAAGGAAUCCGACCGCCCAAAAUUCUAGGGUCCUGGCAGGACAGGUGCCUUUGGUGCUUCAUGAAGAAUAUUUCCAGAUAUAUCGCAGACAUUAAGCCUUUGCCUCCCAACAUAAAAGAUAGACUGAUAAAAAUAAUGAGCAUGCAGGGACAGAUAACAGAUUCAAAUAUAAGUGAGAUUUUACAUCCUCAAGUCCAAACUUUAGAUCUACGUAGCUGUGAUAUUUCAGAUGCUGCUCUCCUGCACCUGUGUAACUGCAGAAAACUGAAGAAAUUAAAUUUAAAUUCCUCAAAAGAAAACAGAAUGUCCAUAACUUCAGAAGGAAUAAAAGCUGUGGCUUCUUCUUGUUUGUACCUGCAUGAAGCUUCUCUGAAAAGAUGCUGCAAUCUCACUGAUGAAGGAGUCCUUGCUCUUGCACUCAACUGCCGGCUGCUAAAGAUCAUUGAUUUGGGUGGCUGCUUAGGUAUUACAGAUGUGUCCUUACAUGCAUUAGGAGAAAACUGCCCAUUUCUGCAGUGUGUUGACUUUUCAGCUACUCAGGUAUCUGACAAUGGUGUGGUUGCACUUGUCAAUGGACCUUGUGCCAAGAAAUUAGAGGAAAUUCAUAUGGGACAUUGUGUGAAUCUCACUGAUGAGUCUGUGGAAGCUGUCCUUACUUUCUGUCCUCAGAUACGUAUUUUACUCUUCCAUGGAUGCCCCCGGAUAACAGAUCAUUCACGAGAAGUCUUGGAGCAAUUAGUAGGCCCAAACAAACUAAAGCAAGUGACAUGGACUGUUUAUUGAAGUUUAUUGAAGCUUAUCAAAGCUGUGAUCUUCAUACUACUUGCCCAGGAAGUGAUGGAUGGUCCAUAGAGAUUGGCUUUUCACUUCAUUUAACAGUACCCUAUUAUUUUAAUGUCUUAUUUUAAGUUAUAACCCUCAGUGAACCAGCUAAACCAUAUAUAUGGUUUGUGUUGUGAAGUUAACCAGAAUCUUAAAAUUUGAAUAGUGCUAUUAUUCUAUAUUUCUUUGAUGAGUCAUUGUUUUUGAAAUGGUAAUCCUAGCAUGACUUCUGAUCUAUUUGGGGGAAAGGGUGUUUUGUUUCUUAAAUAACAAAAGUUUUAUAUUAUCUAUUUUCCCAGGAGAUUUCCUUCUCCUACUAGGUAUUUUAGCUGUUAUAAGAGAAAUUUAAGAAUAUGAACUUUAGGAAAAUUCUAAGUAAGGGUUAUUCUAAAAGCAUGAUUAUCUUCCUAGCACUUUUCUGGCUCCUAUCUUCCUGACGUAUUUAAAUGCCCAUUUGCCAAAAAGUAAAGCUGAACAUCAGGCCUGCAAAUUCUUCACAGAAUUUAUUAUUUCAAUGAAACAAAGAAACAUAACAGUUUAAUGUCAUAAUUCAGGACAUCAUACACCUUAGCCAUUCAGCAUGUACAUGUUACUGAUGCCCUUGGCGAGUGUUCAUUAAUCUUCAUGACUACUCUCCCCAAAUACUUGAUGUUCAUACUCAAACUUUCUUCAUGGUAAAAUUGUAUUUGGAUAAGUAGAAAAAUGAGUAAAUAUAAAAUAUCGUCCAAGAGACUGUAUCCUGAAACUGUACUGGUUUCACAUUGUAAAAUAAACAGCACAGCUCUUGGUUUUUCAAAUGAAAUGGAAUACUCUUCUGAAAUCAUAAAGUAGCUAAAAUAUACUAAUAUACUAUGCUUAAACUACCCCUGAAUUCAGCAUAUUCCCUUUAGCAUUGGGACUUUUUUGAGGAUUUCUGAUUUUACCUCUGAUGUAGUAAGAAACAGGUAGAGUUUGGUAUGGUAAGUUUACUAGACAUUUUUAGGGGGAGGGAUAACAUAGUCAACUUUAGUUCUUGUCCUUACUAUUAAUUACUUUAUAAAUGAAGUAAUUUAUACUGUGGAUAUAUAUAUAUGUGUGACCACUGCAAAGGCGAUAUAUAUGUAUAUAUGUUUAAAAUGGGUACAACUUGUUCCAUCUAUGAAACUGUUCUAAAGACCAACUCAAUAAAUUUAAUACUGAAUGUCUCA